AUGUCCAUGUCGACGGAAGACUGCCAGAAGCCCCGCGAGGGCUUCCCCCGCCCAUUCCCCCAUACCCCGUCCAACGUCCUGGAGCAGCUCCGUGUGACCGGCAAGGUCACUGUGGUCACUGGCGCAGCGGACGGCAUCGGCUUCGCCGUCUCCGAGGCCAUGGCCGAAGCCGGGGGUAACGUUGCUCUGUGGUACAACUCAAACGACGUCGCGAUCCAGAAAGCACGGGAUUUGGCGAGCACGCACAACAUAAAGACUUUGGCUUACAAGGUCGAUGUGUCCGACCCGACGCAGGUGCAGGAGACCAUUGCAAAGGUCGUCAGAGACUUUGGAAAGAUUGACGUCUUCGUCGCCAAUGCUGGCAUGGCCAUCUCGAAACCCAUCCUGGAGCAGACGCUGGACGAGUACCGGAAGCAGAUGUCGGUCAACGUGGAUGGCAUCGUGUACUGCGCAAAGUACGCGGGCGAGGUCUUUGAGCGCCAGGGCUCGGGCAACCUCAUCAUCACGUCGAGCAUGAGCGCCCACAUCGUCAACGUGCCGGUGGACCAGCCCGUGUACAACGCGACCAAGGCAUUCGUCACGCACUUUGGCAAGUCGCUGGCCCGUGAGUGGCGCGGCUUCGCCCGCGUCAACGUCGUCUCGCCCGGCUUCUUCGACACCAAGAUGGGCGCCGGGCCCCAGGCCCUGCAGGAGGCGUACCGCAUGGCGGCCCUCGGCAGGCAGGGCCACACCAAGGAGAUCAAGGGCCUGUACCUCUACCUGGCCAGCGACGCCUCUACUUACAUGACGGGAAGCGAUGUCAUCAUUGACGGCGGAUACGUUCUGCCCUAG